AUGUAUACACCAACUCCAGAACAAAUCGCCUCCUACCAUCAAAAUGGAUUCCUUCUCCUCCGCCAGUCUGAGCACGGGCUUGUCAACCCCAUCGAACUUCGGGAUUGGACGCAACAGGUAAAAUCCUGGCCGCGUGAGAAAGGAAAAUGGAUGCCCUAUGACGAGAUCAACAUGAACGGCGAGCGCCAACUCAUGCGCACGGAGAAAUUUGUCGACUACCACGCCGAAUUCAAAGGUCUUGUGUGCGGGGAAGCUCUGGGGAACAUUCUCGACACUCUUGCAGGCGAGGUACCGCCCUUUGUGUUGUUUCUAUCUCUUAUAGCUUUCAGGGGACAAAUGCUCCUCUUCAAGGACAAAAUCAACUACAAACAACCGCACGGCAACGGCUUCCAGGCGCACCUCGACGCCCCUGCAUACGAUCACAUCGGCCGCAUGGAACACGUCACGGCCAACUUCGCCAUUGAUGCCGCAACCGCCGCAAACGGCUGUCUCGAGGUCGUUCCGGGCUCCCAUAAAAUGGACAUUGAGUUUGCUGCAGGAGGGCGGAUUCUACCGGCGUGGGAAAACGCACACGAAUGGGUCUCUGUCCCGCUGGAGCCGGGUGACGUGUUGAUCUUCGGGUCCCAUUUGGCGCAUCGAUCAGCGGAGAAUAAGACAGACAAAGGCCGAGCUAGUCUGUACGCGACAUUUUAUCCUAGGAGCCAGGGGGAGGAUCUGCGCGAGCGGUAUUAUCGGCAUCGUAUGGAGAAUUUUCCUCCCGAUCAUGAACGCGAAGAAGGAAAGGAUUAUGCACAAGGAUAUAAAAUUUACGGUUUUGCGGCGCCAUUUUCGAAAAUUGAAGACAACCCAAUUAGUACGCAUUCAUAA